AUGGUUUUCUGCGUCUAUAAGGGGGUCAAGGCAUUUUCGUUCUGCAAGAGAAAGAACUUGCUGCUGACGGGCGGAAAGGAUCGAAUAAUUAGAGUCUGGAGUCCUUACCUGCCUGGAAAACCGACAGGGAUGCUGAGAAGCCACACAGCUCCUGUGAUCUACAUCCACAUUGCUGAGGAGAACAGAGUACUUUCCAUGUCCUCCGACAAUACAGUCAAGAUCUGGGACCUGGAGACCCAUAGCUGCUGCUUCACAGCCUCCUCCAAAGCCAGCGGCAUUACGGGAGAACUCACAGCCUGCCUCUAUCUCCCUGGACCCCGAGCCCUGUGUGUGGCCACGGACACGGUGGCUUUCCUUCACCUGAAGCUGAGACCUGUCCCUGAGUCUCACCUGGAGCUCUCCCACCAAGAGCCUGUGGUAUGCUGUGGAUACAACCCUACCUUUAGGCACGUGGUCAGCUGCUCAGAAGCAUCUAUGGUGAAAGUGUGGGACUGUGAGACAGGAAGGCAGUUGUCGGAGUUUGUUGGGGCUCAUGGCCACGCUGGCAUCACGUGUCUGACCUUUGACUCCAGCGGAAGAAGGCUCAUCACUGGGGGCCGAGAUGGCUGUCUGAAGAUAUGGAGCUACAACAAUGGAUACUGCGUGCACACCCUACAACAUGAGGAAGAAAAAAGUGAAAUCUGCGAUUGUACCUACAUGGAAGUGAACCAAAAUAAGUGUAUCAUAGCUGUUGGAUGGGACAGGAGAAUAAAUGUGUAUUUUGACGUGCCACGUGACUUUCAUCACUUCUGGAAGCCUCAGCCACGCUGGCAGGAUGACCUGAACCAGGGGCACAAGGAGGACAUCCUCUGUGUGGCUCAGUGCCCGCCUUUUCUUCUGGCCACCUCCAGUUACGAUGGGGAAAUUAUAGUUUGGAACGUCAUCUCAGGUCACAUGUACUGCAAGCUGAACACUCCCGGGUCUUCCGAUGGCCCAGACCACGGAGAAGGCCCAGACCUAAGUGUUUCCUGCCUGGCCUUCCUAAAGACCCGAGCAGUCAAGUUGGACUCGGUGGCAGCUUCUCUGAUUGCCAAUGGGCCUGGAGGAUCGGUCAACUUCUGGAGGCUCUUCAGUGGGGCCAGCCUUGGAGCAAACUUCACUCCUUCCACAGGGAAAGCCCAGGUGAGCUGCAUCGCGGUGACAGCAGGAGAUGAACUCGCCUACCUGGCCGACCAGCAAGGCUUUGUGCACGUGUAUGACGUCCAGAAGUACGGCCUCUGGGGAUCAGAGCUGCAGGCUCCCAAGAAAGUGACCCUCUGGAGGGCCCACGUCAGCACGGUGACAGCCCUGGAGCUUAUAGAGGAAGAAAGCAUCCUGCUGUCCUCCUCCCUGGACCGCACUGUGAGGCUGUGGAGCAAGGACGGGGCGCACAUAGGGACCUUUGGGCAGAAAAGCCUCUGGGAUAUUUUUACUCCUGUCUCCUGGAGCCACCCAAGAGUUCCCUUUGAGAGUCUAACAGAUCCCCAGAGCAUGCCUGCUCACUUAGUGCUGGACAUAGACGCCCCUGAUGGGCACACGGCAGAAAGGCAAGAACAGGAACGGGCCACCAUCACAGAGGAGAAGACCCGUGCGGAGACUGAAAAGCCCUCUAACCUUCAGUCUCCAGAAGAUUCCAUCGUUGAAGCUGAGGCAAAAGUGGACAGAGAACAAUGGUCUGCAUUUUCCCAUGGCAGGCUGCUGCCAACACAGAGCAAGUGUUACCCGGAAGUGCCCGAGCCCGGAUGGCCCAGGAUUUACCAGACCCUCCGGUGCCACGAGGUCGCUUGUGUGUCUGCUCCCGGAGAGAAGCCAGACGUGUCUGCCAUCGCCUCCAACUUGUUUCAUGUAAAUGUCCUUACGCGGGACAGAGAAGCGGCCCUGCCCGAGAGAAGCUUCCUCCCUACAGCAGUUUCCCCGCCUGAGCUCUAA